UUUGGGAAGCUGCAAAACCCGCCUGUGCCUGAUGUGCGCGUCUGCGCUCUUUUCGUCCAUCAGAGGGAGUCAAGUUUCUUCUGCUAAAUGCGCAGCCUCCCUCCCGUUGCUCAACAGACGCGACGAGCCGCCGCCGCGGAGACGACGAGAGAACUCUUUUUUUUUGUUGUUGUUGUUCACUUUCCUUUUGACUGGCUUACCGUGGAACAGUCUCCUGUUGGCGGGCGGAUCGCGGGCCACUGUUUCCGCCUUUAGAAAAGACGCUCGUCGGGAUCUUCACUCCCAAACUGGAUUAAUCCCGAGGCGUUAAACGCGGCCUUUUUCAACGUGCGCGUGUGUGUGUGUGUGUUGUAUUAUUAUUAUUUGUAUUUUUUUUCCGGGGCUGACGAGCCCUUUAUCCCCGGGCUGUCAUGUUGUGGAAAUUAGCAGACAACGUCAAGUAUGAGGAUGACUGCGAGGAGCGACACGACGGCAGCAGCAAUGGCAACCCGCGGCUGCCCCACCUGCCGGCGGUCAGCCAGCACCUGUACAGCCCGCCUCCCUCCCUCUCGCACUCGGCCAGCUCCGACUUCCAGCCGCCUUACUUCCCGCCCCCCUACCAGCCCAUCUCCUACCCGCAGUCCGGCGACCCUUACUCCCACCUGGGCGACCCCUUCAACAUCAACUCCCUGCACCAGUCGCCGUCGUCCAACCACCAGCAGCAGCCGUGGCCGGGACGCCAGGGCCAGGAGGGGCUGGCGGGGCACGGCAGGAGCGGCCUGGCCGGCCAGAUCCUCGGCCUGGACGGCGGAGGAGGAGGUGGAGGGGGAGGAGGAGGAGGAGGAGGAGGGGGCUCGUCCGGGGUGCGGAGGGAAGGCUUCCGCCGGCCGGAGCUGCUGCCUCCGCACGCCCACGGCAUCGAGGCGGCGGUGAUCGGGGAGAGCAUGGCCAUGCACGACAUGCAGGGCCACGGCAUGGACGACGUGCAGCACGUGGACGACCACGGUAUUAUCAUGGCGGAUCAGACGGUCAUCAAAAAAGUAUUAGGACUGCGAGGCACCAGGAGCCUUGAUCGCGUACAGAGGACUUGUUAUCAGGGGGGCAUCCUUGCGGGGCCAGUGACUCUCCCGAAAGGCAACGCUCUAGGCCUCCCCUUCCAGAAGGAGUCCCUGCUGGGCAUGGUGUCCAACCCCACUGAGGUGUUCUGCUCCGUCCCGGGUCGCCUCUCGCUGUUGAGCUCCACCUCCAAGUACAAGGUGACGGUGGCCGAGGUCCAGAGGCGACUCUCGCCGCCCGAGUGCCUGAACGCGUCGCUGCUGGGAGGUGUUUUACGCAGAGCCAAGUCGAAAAACGGCGGACGCUCAUUGCGAGAGAAACUGGACAAAAUUGGGCUCAACUUGCCGGCGGGAAGAAGGAAGGCGGCCAACGUGACUCUACUUACCUCGCUGGUGGAAGGUGAAGCUGUUCAUUUAGCCCGUGACUUCGGUUACGUGUGCGAGACAGAGUUCCCCGCCAAGGCCAUCGCGGAGUACCUGGGCAGGCCGCAUGUGGAACGAAACGAGGUUAACUCUCGCAAGAACAUGCUUCUCGCCGCCAAGCAAAUCUGCAAGGAGUUCACCGACCUGCUCACCCAAGACCGCUCGCCGCUGGGCAACUCACGUCCGGCGCCCAUCCUGGAGCCGGGCAUUCAGGGCUGCCUGACCCACUUCAGCCUCAUCAGCCACGGCUUCGGCUCGCCGGCCAUCUGCGCCGCCAUGACCUCGCUGCAGAACUACCUGAGCGAGGCCCUCAAACAAGUGGACAAGAUGUACCUGAGCGCCGACGCGCAGGGAGCCUCCGACGGCGGCGGCAAAUCCGCAGACAAACUGGACAAGCACAGGAAAUGAGACCGCAACCCCCCCGGCCGGCCCCCUUCCCCCGUGAACUCCGAGAACCCCGGCUGCCCCUUUUACAAUAUCGUGUUUUCCCGCAUGGCUGUGGUCAAAAUCGCUCCCAAAUCACUAUUUAAUGCACGAGAUGGUGAGAUGGCCAUUUUCUGUCACUCUCUGAAUGUGAGCGCAAGUCAUCCCCGUUAUCCUUUGAGGUGUCCAAAUUCUUCCGAGGGUCACAGAGAGAGAAAUGGAGGGACGCAAGGGGCAAAAUGUGGUCUAUGGCAUUCAUUUUCCGAAUUAAUCCCAUUGAUACAAUUUUAAUUGGUGAAAAAAAAAAGCCUGAAAACAAAUCUCUUAACUCUCUGGGGCACUUGGUCUGUCAUUCCCGCGGGAGCCUGGUGGCAUUAUGUCGCCUCAAGAUCGAAAGUCUGGAUGUUUUGUGGACAUGGCUUUGUUGCAGUAGGAAACACAAGGCUAAUUUAAGUGCAGAUUAAAUCCGCAGAUGACACUGCUCACUCGGUUCAUCGUUUAAAAAACUCCAGAAGAUCACUCAAGGCCUUUUUGGCCUUUGAAAACGAGUUUGUGAAGACAAUGCCACCGUAGUCAUUUGCUUUUUGAAAGUGUUCAAGGCUACUUGUCUGGUCGGAGAGUUGAUUUUGCACGCCCGGGUAGUGACAAUUUUUGAACAUCUCCAAAUUCAUGAGAAAAAAAAAAUACAAAAAAAACAAGAACUAACAUGAAUAAGCUGCCAAUUUUUCAAAAUGGUUACUCGAGGAUCAUUAAUGAUUCAUGUUCACAAAUCGCAGCUGGACAUGAAGCAGAAAGUGGAGCAAACCCUUUUUACGUCAGCAUGAUGUUUAUUCACUGUUAUGAAGACAGAUGUUCCUAUUUUAGUUGUAAAUGUUGUACUUUUGUUUUAGCAUCUAGAGUGUUACGGACCUUGUUCUUUUUAUUCCAUGCCGCCGGAUUAUUGUUUUGACCGAACUGCCCUAUGUUAUGCCCUCAGUGCAUCUUGAAAAGUCAUGUGACCAACGAUGCACCCUCGAUGAUCAAAUUACAUCCCACGAUGCAUUGCGCCGAUAAAGAUGAAUUUUCUUUGCUUCCGGGAUACUCAACUUGCAACAAUAUUGUGUUAUAAUUUAUUUGUUAGUUCAAUAUUUAUUACCCACCAACUGUACCAGUCCACAGUAGAAAAAUCCCUAAACAAUUUUGAGUGGAUUAAAAAAAAAAAAAAAAAAGAGAACUAUAUUGUCCACUCUAUAAAAGUCCACAAAUAGUGAUUCGGGAGUAGCGAAGGAGGGAACAAUUCCAAACACAGUCACCAUUUCUCCAGGAACCUGCCGGGCAACUUGGGGGUUGGAGGAUUCGUGCAUGCUGUCUUUAUCCCCCUCCCCCCCUCCACCCCUAUUUCCCCUCCUCCCCCAUCCAGAGGACAUCAUUUCAAGAUGAGUUGUUGUGCACCCCCCGCCCCCCUUCCUCCUCCUCCUCAGUGGCGUCUGGAGGCAAAUCCUCUGAUUUCCUGUGUCUCGACGAACUCGCAAAAGGACUUUUUUUUUUUUUUUUU